GAACUUGAACGACCAUCGAGGUCUAAUUUCAACGAUUCCAAAAUACAAAGCAACAGUCGACAUAGAUACAACCUGGUAUGAUGAAUACACUGCAAAAGAAGAAAAUCAAAACACGCCAUAACCAGCCUUACUCCCAUCCUCAUGCCAGUGAACACCCCUUCAUCUACCCCUCACUGUCACCCUUCCCAUCUGCCCAUUUCUCCUUUCACCCUCACCUAACGUCUACCAGCCACAACUUAUCCUAUGGAUACCACGAAAGACCGCAGGUCGCCUCCAACACGAAGCCACCAGAUGAUGGAACCUAAAAGUCUGAAAUUACACACGCAGGCACCAUAAGCCACAUGCCACCCACAAUGAGAAGGGUACCUUAAAGCAGCCUUCUAACAUGUCCCUGACUAUGAACUUGAAUUUUUGCAGCAAUUCUCCUCAAAAGGCUACGCGAGGCUUCC